AAAAGUCACAAACGCAAACACACACCAACACAACACACAUAUCUCUAUCUCUCUCCGAACGCGUGGGGUUUGGAGAGCGCUCUCUGCCUCCUUAAUGACAUUCCGUGUCUUCCGGCGACCAUGCCCGCCUCCUCAGCGCCGCCGGCUCACCGCCCUGAAGACCUAAUCGCCUUCCUGAGCUCCGCCGCAGACGACUCCAAGCUCAAAGCCCUAAGGGACCUCAAGAAUCAGAUCAUCGGCAAUCGCACCAAGAAGCUCUCCUUCAUCAAGCUCGGCGCCGUCCCCAUCGUCGUUUCCAUUCUCUCCUCCUCCGCCGAUGAGGCCGCCGUCGACCCCUCCACUUCUCUCCUCGUUCAGUCCGCUGCCGCCAUUGGAAGCUUCGCCUGCGGCCUUGAUGCCGGCGUCAAGGCCGUUCUCGACGCCGGAGCUUUUCCUCACCUCUUCAGUCUUCUCUCCCAUCCCAAUGAUAAGGUUGUGGACGCUGGCGCUCGUUCCCUUAAAAUGAUUUAUCAUUCGAAACUGGCUCCGAAGUAUGAUUUUCUUCAAGAGAAAAACAUGGAAUUUCUUCUUUCACUGUUGAAUAGUGAAAAUGAAAAUGUUACUGGACUUGGUGCAAGUAUCAUAGCACAUUCUUGUGAGACAAGUAUUGAGCAGAGCACAUUGACCGAUGCUGGGGUCUUAAAGAAGCUUGUUAGUCUUCUCGGAGGUUCUUUAUGCCAGAUACAUGGUAGCUUGGAGUCUUUAGCCACAAUUAUCAAGGGAAAUCCUGAAGUCAUCUCGAAGCAUUUGGGACCUGAAAGUGGAAGGGGAUUGAGUGCUGUAACUGAGUUAACAAAGGAUAGGUAUCCCAGGACAAGAUUACUAGCAUGCAUGUGCUUGAUUGCUAUAAACAACACUUCUCCUUGCUAUCUGCAAGUUGUAGGAACAAAAACCAAAUUAAUGUUCAUAUUACUUGAGCUUCUUGAUGGUCCUGGUGAAGUUGGAGAUGAAGCUGCUUUUGCUUUGUCUAGUUUAAUUUCAGAAAAGGAGGACCUACAAAAGUUAGCAUUUGAAGCAAAUGUUGUUGAUAAACUUUGCAACCACUUGCAGAAAGGUUCAUUACAAGCCAAGCGUAUUCAAGGAAUAUUGUUGGCAUUGGCUGAUCUGUGUUCGCAGUUGGAAAGCUGCAGGUCUAGGUUCCUAUCAUUGCAGGUCUGUUGUUUUAUGGAAUGUGUAAACUUGCCCAUGGUCUUGAACUUGGUAACUGAUGCGCUAUCUCAUGAUAGUGCCGUUGUACGUGCUGCGGCUUGCAUUUGUUUAAAAAGUGUCUCUCGAUCUGUCAAGAAUCUGAGUGCAGGUAAUUUUAUGAAUGAAGUCAUUGUCAUUCCCAUGGUUCAGCUACUUCAUGAUUCUUCUACUUCUGUCCAGGUCGCUGCUCUUGGGGCACUUAGCAACAUCGUGGUUGAUUUUACAACACAUAAGUCAGUAUUCAUACAACAUGGAGGAGUGAAACAGCUUGUUGAGCUGUCAAAAUCGAUGGACUCAGCUAUUAGGGUAAAUGCAGUGUGGGCUUUGAGGAACUUGCUGUUCUUGACAGACAACCGGUGUAAAGAAGGGAUUUUCUUAGAACUCACGGCAACGACACUAACAAGCCUAAUUAAUGACCCUGAGCCUUCUGUCCAAGAACAAGCUUUGGCUCUUGUUCGCAAUCUUGUGGAUGGAUCUAUUGAACCCAUGCAGUAUGUUUUUGUGGAGGAUGGCCUUAUAUUACAUGCGGUUGGAAGACAAUUGCAGACUGCCUUGAAACCUGAGGUUUUAAUUCAGGGUAUGUACGUGCUCAGUAAUGUGGCAUCUGGGAAUGAAUUCCACAAGGAAGCAGUCAUGGACCAACUUUUCCCACAAAUAGGUGACAACAUCCAAUCAAUUAUGAUCAAGCUUUUGCAGAGUAAUGACAGCAGGUUACGCACAGCUUGUGUCUGGACUGUCGUAAAUCUCACCUUUCCGAGUAGUCCCGGUGCACACAGUCGGGUUGCAAAAUUACAGAAUGCCUGCAUAACUUCUCAAUUAAAGAAUAUGGUCAAUGAUCCUUGCCUCGAUGUAAAGCUUCGUGUAAGAACAGCACUUGGGCAAUGUAUGACUUUUGGUGAUGGUUGGACAUGAUUAUUAUCUUUUGUCAUUCAUUGAACUUGGAGCCAAUACAAAGAGAUUUUGAUGCUAGUUGGUGCUUGGGCUUUUCCUCAAUUUGUAAGACAUCAGUAGCGCUUCCACUGGUGGCCUCAACAACACGGCGUAACGCGUUGCUCUCACUAUUUUCCAUUCAAAGCAGUGGGGAGCUUGCUCUCGCUUGUCUUGUGAGUACCACCAUCGAGCAAGUUUACAUUUAAGAAGCUAAUCCCCACGGUGCAACCCGCAUCUCAUUUCUAAAAAUGAUUUUGUUUUUUUGUAUCAUGUUAAUCUGUUUUCUUUGUACAUCUUUUUGAGGUUACUAUGUAGGGUAAAUUAUGUGAUUUGUAAAUUUAUGUACUAAAAUAAUUGCAACAUUGUCAAGAUGUCAUCUGAUGCAAUUUGAUCGGUAUGGAUGGUGGAUGCUGAGGCUAGUGGCACAUUGGCAUAUAUGUGAGAUAGAUGGCCUUAAUCUGAUUUCAGUUCUAAGAAA